GUGGCAGCAGCCAGCACAAGCGUGUGCAGUGCCUCCUCGUAGCUUCGGCUCUCAAUAAAACUGGCCAUUUAUCAUCAAUCAUGGCCGCCGGAGUACAGAUUUAACUCUCCGUCUUCUCCUCCCUGUCGACUUUUAAAAGGAGUAGGGGGGAUUUCUGUUUGAAGAAGGCGAAAGAUUAUUAUUGGCCCCACACGGAUUUGGAUUUCCUCCUGGAAUUACAGUACAUCUCGCAAGGGAAAUACCAUUCAUGUCAAAUCCCCAACAUGCAGCCGCCGCCGAGGAAGGUCAAAGUGACGCAGGAACUAAAAAACACUCACACGGAGCAGAUGACAAGGCUGCACUUUAAACAUCAAACUGAAUGUGACCUGCUGGAAGACAUGAGGAGCUACAGUUUGAAGAAAGGACAGCUGGAGAGGGACUAUGCACAGGCUUUGCAGAAGUUGGCAAGUCAGUACCUAAAGAGAGACUGGCCUGGAAUCAGCCCCGAUGACCAGAGAACAGAUUAUAGGAAUGUGUAUGCUGUUUGGAGAGCCUAUUUAGAGGGAACUGUUCAGGUGAGCCAGUCGAGACUGAAUGUAUGUGACAACUACAAGAGUCAAAUAUCAGAACCUGCCAAGACUGUUAGACUCUAUAAGGAACAGCAGCUCAAGAAGACCAUUGAUCAGUUGAGUGGCAUUCAAGCAGAGCUGCAGGAGUCGGUGAAGGAGUUGGCGAAAGCCAAGAAGAAAUACUAUGACUGCGAGCAGGUUGCACACGCCGUACGAGAGAAGGCCGACAUAGAGGCCAAGUCCAAACUUGGACUUUUUCAAUCAAGAAUUAGUUUACAGAAGGCAAGUGUAAAGUUGAAAGCAAAGAGAAGUGAUUGUAACUCCAAAGCGACACAAGCCAGGAAUGACUACCUGCUAACGCUAGCUGCUGCAAACGCCCAUCAUGACCGCUACUAUCACACAGACCUGCUGCACUGCAUACAGGACUUGGAUGGGAGAAUCUAUGAGCAUGUGAAGGACUACCUGGUGGCUUUGUGCCGCACUGAGCUGGAGGCCUCGCAGGCCACUCACAGCACCUUCCAGUUCCUCUUAGAAAAAUCUUCCAGGAUAAUACAGGAGUUCAACCAGCAGUUGUUCAUGCAAGAGAACCCUGUGUUUCACAAGGCACACGACUUCCAGUUCCAGGCCAGCGAAUACGAUAUGACUCUGAGCUCGGUGCAGCAGCUGGUGGACAUUGAGCCGUCGCCCGUCAGUGCCAUGAGAAUGACCCUGGCACAGAGUCGUCAGCUGGAGUCUGAGUCCGGAACGACCGAGGAGCACAGUCUGAACAAAGAGGCCAGAAAAUGGGCAACCAGAGUGGCCAGAGAGCACAAGAAUAUUAUUCACUGCAAGCGAUCUCUGGAAGAGUGUGAAAGUCAUGGCCUGCCUCCCACUGAGCAGGGCAGACUAGAUCUGGAGCUAAAGAUCGAAGACACCAAAGAGAUAAUGCGGAAAGCUGAGACAAUAAAGUUGAAAGCUGAGGCUCGAUUGGACCUUUUGCGGCAAGUUGGAGUGGCUGUAGAUACCUGGCUGAAGAGUGCAAUGAACCAGGUGAUGGAGGAGCUGGAAAAUGAACGCUGGGCCACCUACACUACCCACGAUCCCUCACUGUCGGGUACAGUGGACUUGGAGCGUGAAGAGGGAGAGGAGUGUGAGGAGAACAUGGAGGUCUUUGACGACAGCAGUUCCAGUCCCUCGGGAACCCUCCGCAACUACCCACUAACCUGCAAAGUGCUCUACUCCUACAAGGCAUCUCAGCCAGAUGAGUUAACCAUUGACGAACAGGAGAUGUUGGAGGUCAUUGAGGAUGGAGACAUGGAGGACUGGGUCAAGGCACGCAACAAGACGGGUCAAGUGGGCUAUGUGCCAGAAAAAUACCUCCAGUUCCCUACUUCCAACAGCCUGCUGAGCAUGCUCCAGUCCCUGGCCACGCUGGACGCUCGAUCACACACCUCCUCUAAUUCAACUGAACCGGAGCUGCACUCUGGCUGCAUCAACGGAGACACAAACAGGCUGACAAGGACAGCAUUAAUCAGAGAGGCAGGCAAGAGAACCAUGGUACUUCUGGAGGAGCUGCAGAUUCACCUAUCAGCCGCGUACGUCCGUGCGCUUUACGAUUACGAAGGCCAGGCGGAUGAGGAGCUCUCCUUUUCCGAGGGCGCCGUGAUCCGCCUGCUGAACCGCGAUACUCAGACGGACGACGGUUUCUGGGAGGGCGAGCUGAACGGCAGGGUGGGGGUGUUCCCCUCCGUGCUGGUGGAGGAUCUGACUGAGAACGGGGAGACGAGCGGCGGAGCCCUGAAUGACCCACAGAUUUCUCCAUCUUCAAAGUUGCCAUCUUCCCUGCCGCCUUUGCCUCUGUAUGAACAGCCUCCCAUCAGCCCUUUCACCAGCCCGGAGACCUCCACCCCCCCUCCUCUGCCGCGAUCCCCCUCCACUGCACUCAACGGGGAGCACAAGCUUCCUCUGCCGGCCUCCUCACACAAGGGACAGUUGUCCUCUCACAAUCAAAGCUCUGGCAGGAGUCCAGUGUCUCCAGGAUUUCCUCAGACUCAGCCUCUACGAUUCACAGCUGAAGGAGGCGGACCGGGUAAACUACGGCCGGUGCGAGCCGCUCCGCCUCCACCCAAACAGCAACCUAGGCGACCGCAUGAGAAAAGCGACAAGACGGAGGAAGUGGAGAUCACCCUGGUGUGACGGACGAGCCUGGCAGGUUGAUGACGUUGCACAAAAGACGGAAGCAGACCUUGAUGCAGUGAGCUUGAACUCGCUCUGGACUGAUGCGAGCGCAAAUGAAGCGAAGAGAAGUUAAUUCGAUCGAACCACACUGACACUGCCGGACGCUCUGCAUCUUCUCUCAUCCCCGAGCCGAGGAAGAGAAGGAGCAGGGAGCCGGGGUAAUGCUUGGCGUAUCCAAUUUAAUCAGCUCCAUUUUAGCCCCCUAAUGAAGUGCAGCAUUGCGUUCUUUUGGCCCCCUCAGACCCGUCCUUCCAGUCUGGCCUUAAAACGUCGCCUCACACAGCAAGUUAGAGCGGGCUGAAGAGAGGAAGGAGAGAUGGGGAACACUUAUUGAUGGGGUCUUUUGAAGCUCGCAAGAUAUGUAAAGCAGUUCUUCUCCUCUGCACUUUCUAAACCCCUUCAGGACUCUAAAUCCUGGAGCAUCAGUAACAUCUCAGAGCCCAAAACCUGCAAAAUAUUUAAAAAGUCAAGCAAAACAUACAGCUCGAGAUAUUUAUCACACUAUUAAAAUUUAUUUUCAGGUAUAUUUAAAGCUCACCAAAAAACUACAAAUUGAGGUUAACUCAGUCAUCUGGACGAGCUUUAGGUCACCAAACAGUCUGAAUACUGACAGUUAUAACAAAAGGUUAACGGACAUUUACCGUGAACAUGAUAUCAUGUUAGUUUUUGGCCUUUAUUAACAAUGAGUUUAAGCGACUUUUUCUUUCCGAGGUGGAACAAUUCUAGUGAUUUUUCUUUUUUUCAAACAGAAAGUUGGUGCACAAGUUUGAGUUUAUUGGAAUAAGUAAUUGUCUUCUCAUGAAAUGAUUGUGACAACAUACUGAGAAAAUUAAACAAUAAAAAAAGAAAUGUGCCUCAAAAACACAAGUAUUCUGUCUUUAUGUGCAACAGUGCACAUACCAGCUCACGUAUACAUUUAACCCUAGAAAUAUUUGACUAAAUAUCCCGUUAGAGAGUUUAACUGUGUUCUUUUAAUGACCAUCAACAAACUUCUGAUAUAAUUGUGGUUUGAUAUUGAACGACUCCUCUUGGCAGAAAACAUAGAGGGUCUUUAAGUUGGUUGGCUUCCAGGUUCGGAUCCAGCUUUGAAGAUGCCCCGUACGUUUUCAGACGGAUCGAGGUCAGGACUUUCCGAAGGGGAAGUAAUGCUAGCCAACAGUUUGUCCCGUUGGCGAACCAGUUUGUGAUACUUCUGACCCUGUGAAGGCCACACCAACUUGUGUGCAGCCAAGUCUUGCUUUUGAAAUUAAUUUAUUAGUAGUCAUUGUAUGAUAAGCCCACCCAUUUUAAUUCAUCCUUAUAGGCUGAAAAUGAACACAAUACAUGUUUUCCCGCCUUUUCUCAGGGACCACGUCUGAUGUUUUGCGAGUUUUGAGGCUCUGUUAUAAAAAAAAAAGAGGAGAUGUGAGGGGGGAUAAAGAAAAAAGUCAACUUUUUGUCGGGGUGUUUCAAAGUGCAGAGCAGGGCUGAGGGACGUGGACAGAAAACCCGACGGUGGGUUUACUUCCGGCCUCUCUCACGCCAUAUAUAGUCAUUAUCAUUAUACGUAUUUAAUGUGUAUUAGUACAGUACAUUACUGUUGUCAUAGGAAUGUUUAUGCACAUGGUUUCAUAUAGACUAACUGAACUGAAUGGAAUACCCUGUCUGAUAUGUAGUGGAAGUUUUAUCUUCAUCAUGUACUGAAAAGGGUGUUGUAAAUAACAGCAGGAAGGAGAGACGGAAGGAGAGAGAGGAGGAGAAACAAGAGCCGAGGGAGGCUGGAUCCUCUCUUUUCUUGUGCUCACCUCUCCUCCCGUCUCUGCUUCCUGUCUCUCAACCUUCGUUCUGUCAUUGGGCAGUCGGUGUGAAUCAGUGGCUAUAAUAUACAUUCAUACAGUUACAAUAUAUUACACACACGAGUUGUUAUAUCUUCUCUCAUUCUGUGCGCUGUGUGGUUUUCCUUUUAAAUGAUUGAUCAAGGAAAAUUGCUGGUGCUUUGAAACGCACCGAAUCUGUUGGUAUUCACUAUGUGCUAGCAAAAAAAAACAUUUGUUUGAAACUUUAAAAACUGUUUAGGGCCAGAAACAAAGACUGAAGUUUUCUUCAUUAGAGAUCAUAACUCAUGUUGCGUUGCUUUUCUUCAUCUGUUCAGCUUCAACAUUCAUCCAUGUUUACUUGACAUGAUUUUGGUCACAGGACUAAAAAUAACGCAAAUGGAGCCGAGUACUAAUUUGUGGUAGGUUUUUUUGUACUCAAAGUAAAUAAAUACCCCUCGUCAUUUACUAUUCAUGCCUUUAAAAGUCCUUCCCUAAAGGGCGUAGUAGCACUUUUAUUUAUUGGUACCUUCCCUGGAAAGUAGCAGUACCCUCUUCUAGCAUCAGCAUGGUUAGAGACGACUCUUAUAGGCAAUUGUAGCGACACAUGCAGACAUACGAGUUUCAUCUUUUCAUACUGACUCUCUAGAUGGUCUUUAAUUAAGGGUGACUGAUGCUUAAAACAAUGAUACACUCUUCAGAAGAGAUGACUUUUUGUAAUCUCAUUUGGUGUGUUUUUUGGACUCUUGGGAUAAUGGGAGCUGGUCAUUUUUCCCUUUAUGCCUUAAAUAUGUUUGCAGUUUUCAUUGUUUUGCAUGAUUUUGUACCCAGUUCAACAACCAGUGAUUUAAUAUAAUUUUGAACUGAACCACAAUUAGCAGAAAUAGGAUAUAGUGUGAAAUAUAUACACAUAAAAAAUAUACAAAACCAUUACAUCAUACAUGUAAUUAUUAUAUAUAUAUUUUUUAUAAAUCAUUAAGUCAUCAAAUUACAUUUACUGUCGAGAUAAAUAAACUGAUACUUAGUGGUGAAAAAUGGGGUACCUAUGAGGCAAACUGACCCGAAGCAGGAAACCUCUGACUGUUCAAAAAAUAUUACAGCUUUAAAAGUCCCUCUUUGAAACACACUGUGAGGAUAAAUGCCCAAUUUGGUUUAAUGGGUUUAUUGAACUGUAAAGCUCCACAAUCCAACACCUCUUCGCAGCACAAUUGCAGCACAAAACUUUUUUUUGUCCUAUAUGGUUCCAGAAAAGGAAGACAAUUGGCAGUAUAUGUGUUUUGAUUUCUCUUAGUGAAAAUUAUUAUCAGUAAUCUUCCAAAGGUGAGUACAUUUUCAUGUUAACUGAAGCUCUAGUGGGAAGACAAACCUCUUCCAGUAAGAUCUGGGUUCAGCUUAACUGGUUUCCUUUUUUAUAAAGCAGAUAAAGGUGAUGGGAGGGAUAUACCAAAACAUUAGCAUAACAGCCGGCUCCCCUUGUUCUCUCUGAAAUCUCCCUACAAUGGUUUUCAGAGCUGUUAUUGAAAUCUUUAGAUUUAGAGUGGUGGCCCAAGUGCAACAUUUGACUUUUUAUUUGCUAGUCGCCACCUUGAACAUGCCUAGCUCUCCUUCUUUUGCCAGUCUCUUUUAUCUGCUCCAGGGUUGAGAUAUUUGUUACUUUGUGUUUUUUCUAUGUUUUUAUAUGAUUCUAUAUAUCUGAUUCAGAGCAG